AUCCGUAUCCCUCACUUGCGCACUCAAUGGCAAAAUCAGACAAGAAGGCAGACAAAAAGACGGCAGAUAAGGCCAAGGCUGCCAAACCAGCCACCGGCUCACCCGCAAAAGCAAAGUCACUAGCGUCAUCCAAAGAGAUUUUGGCCAAGGCCAAAGUACUCAAAGCAUCGAAUGGAAAGGCUCCCGUUAAACGUGCCAAAGACGAAACAUCUGACGAUUCUUCAGACUCAUCUUCGGAAGACGAACAACCCAAAAAAACUGUGCUCACGUCGGACUCUGACGAUUCACCAGAAGAAAAAAAGCCUGUCAGUGCCCCAGCCGGAAAAAAAGGAAAGGGUAAAGUGGAGAUUAGCGAUUCAUCUGAUUCGUCGUCAAGCGAUGAGAGCUCAUCCGAUGAGGUCGAUGACAAGGAUGUAGAGAUGCAAGAUGUUCAGCCUGUCAAUGGCAAGACAGAUAAGACCAAGGCAGCAAAGCUACUGGCAAAAAAUGUCAAAUUGCCGACACCAUCCAAGGCCAUUUUGGCUAAGGCUGGAGCGCUCAAAGCAUCGGUUGCAAAAGCUUCCGAAUCAAGCGACGAGUCCUCGGACUCCUCUUCGGAAGAUGGAGCACCCAAAAAGCCUGCCCCUACUUCGGAUUCCGAUGACUCGUCGGAUGAUGAAAAGCCCGUCAAUGCACCGGCCGGCAAAAAAGGGAAGGGUAAAGAAAGUAAUAACUCUUCCGAUUCCUCUUCGAGCGACGAAAGCUCGUCAGAACAGAUUGGUGCUGAGGUACAAAAUGUUCAGCCUGCUAAGGGCACCAAGCGCAAAGCAGAAGCAGAGCCCUCGGUUCCGCCAAAAAAGGUAAAAUUGGUCGAUGACGAUGCAGCUCCUAGCGCAUCGACUGAGGAAACGAAAAGUAUUUUCGUUGGUCGGCUAUCAUGGAAUGUCGACAACGACUGGCUUGCACAGGAAUUUGCCUCCUGCGGCGAAGUUGUCUCUGCUCAAGUACAAACCGAUCGCGCAAGCGGAAAGUCGCGCGGUUUUGGCUAUGUGCACUUCACAUCUGCAGAUGCAGUUGAAAAGGCUCUCCAAAUGAACGGCAAGGAAAUUGAUGGACGACCGGUCAAUAUUGACAAAAGCACUCCGCCGGAUAAAAGUACUGUCCGUGAAAACCGGGCAAAGUCUUUUGGCGACACGCAGAGCCCAGUAUCAAGUGUUCUCUUUGUUGGGAAUCUUAGCUUUGGUGUCAACGAGGACCAACUUUGGGAAGUUUUUGGCGAGCACGGGGACGUUAAAAGUGUUCGUGUUCCAACGGAUCGUGACUCGGGAAGGCCGAAAGGUUUUGCCUAUGUCGAGUUUAGUGCUGUGGAAGCCGCACAGACAGCCCACGGAAAACUGCAGGGUUAUGAGCUUGAUGGCCGCAGCCUUCGCUUAGACUAUUCCCAACCAAGAGACAGCGCUGGGGGUGGUCGGGGUGGAGGUCGUGGACGUGGUGGUUUCGGUGGCGGUGACCGCGGACGUGGACGCGGUGGGUUUGGUGGCGACCGUGGUGGGAGAGGACGUGGUCGAGGUGGUGACCGCGGUGGGAGGGGUGGUGGGAGGGGCCGAGGGGGUGCACGCACUGGAGCUGUCACUCAGUUUGAGGGGUCCAAGAUCACUUUCGAUUAG